CAGAUCCAAUUCCCGCAUACUCCCGAUGACGGCGGAGACGGACCAGCGGUUUGGGCGGGAGAAAUUGCCCGAGACUUCUCCUCUAUAGAUUCUUAUGCUGAGUACUCCGAAUAGAGAUACAUAGAUAACACACAGCUGCACUUCAGGCUUCUGCUCCACGAGCAGAGCUCCGAGCUAGAUCAAUUCAACUGACUGAUUGUUGAGCCUUAGGGUUUCUGCGCAUCGCGAGCAGGAGAAUGAUUCUCAGAACACCGCCGGUGCGGAAGAGGAAGGCAGAGUCGGAGGCGAAGCCGGACGAGGCCGGCAGCCCCGUUUCGAAUCGUCAGCAGCUGGUGAUCUACGAGGACGAGCCUUCCGCGCUGGAAUCUUCUCAGGAUCAUCAUUUCUCCUCCGAUCAGAUGCUCUGCACUUAUCAAUGUCGUCAGAUGGUAAAGUCAGAGUUUUUUGAUGCCUUGAGCACUGCAGAGAAGCAAGCGCAGGAUUUUAAUUCCAAAUUCAAAGCUUUAAAUGAUGAAUUGCACAAAGCGGAUGCUGAAAGGAAGAAAUAUCGUGAUCAAUUCCUCUAUGCUGAACAAGAGCUAGCUGCUGCUAAAGGACGCGAAGAAUCUCUGCAAGAGCAGCUCUUGAAGGAGAUUGAUUGUUCUCAGGAACGGCUUACAAAGCAACUGCAGCUAUACAGUGAACUUGAGGUGAAGUUCCAACACGAAAAGAAUCUUCGUGCAAAAGCAGAGUCUGCAGCUGCUUCUGCAGAAGAAAAAGCAAGCCUCUAUGAGAGGAAACACAGCAGUCUCUCUGAAAGCAUGGAAAGAGAGAAAAGGCGUCUGCAUAAUGAACUUGAACAGCUAAAAACGGAAUCCUCAUUUUCUGUCUCUAGCAUUAAAAAAAAUCUUGAAAGAAUGGAGUGCAGAGCUGUCAAUGCUGAGAAGGAAUCAGCAUUACUAAAGGAACAACUGCAAGAUGUUAUAGUGCGACUAAAUGAGUGCAUGGAACAAAGAAUGGAACUGGAAAAGUUGUCUAGUUUUACAUUUCGUGAAAGUUCUUCCACAGAUGACAGCAUCUUGGUCAAGCAUCUGCAAGAAGAACUAAGGCACUAUGAGGCUGAAGUGCGUGAAGCAAGGAAGCUAAAAUCUUCUCAUGAGAACAUUGAGCUGCUGAAGGAAAAAUUACUUGAAGAAAAAGGUCGGAGGGAUAGGGCAGAGUCCGAGUUAGUUAAAUUAGCAGAUCUUGAGGUGACUGUUAAGAAGCUGGAGGAUGAACUGUCUACUUGGAAAUCAGUAGUACUAGAUAUCCCUGGAAUAUCAUGUGCUGAUGAUAUACCUCGUAAAUUUGCCUCUUUACAAAAGGAGGUUCUUGAUAGCAUGAUAAAAAUGGGUGAAGCUCAGGCUAGUUUGAAACAAAUGGAGGUGGCUUUGGACAAUCUAAAGCUUGAAAACAACAAAUCAGAAGCUGAUAUCAACAUGGCAAAGGAAAAUGCUGAAUUAUUGAUGUCAGAGCUGAAGAGGACUGAAUUGAUGCUUUCAUCUGUUUUAGAAGAAAGAGAUCGGUUAAAGCAUAUUGUAGAUGAGCUAAGGACACAAAAGAGUGUGGGCACUGGCAUUGAGGCCUCCCAUGCAACUCUCGUUCAGGAGCUUGAAGCAUCUCUUGCUAAGAAAGAUAGCUGUAUAAAGGAACUCGAGAGCAGUUUAUCUGAACAAAGGGAGAUCAAUACUCGUAAGCUUAAUGAACUAAAGUUGCUGAAUGACAUGCUGAGCAAUGAAGCAAGGAGAAUAAAGUCUUUAGAAAGAGAGGGUGACCGGCUAAGAUCUGAGAUUGCUCUAUUAGAAUCCAAGCUAGGGCAUGGUGAUUAUUCAUCAGCAAAUACAAAAGUUCUUCGAAUGGUUAACACCCUUGGAGUAGAUAAUGAAGCAAAACAAACUAUAGAGGUUCUGCAGAGUGAGCUGCAGAAGACCAAGGAGAAGUUGCAGGCUCUUGAAGAGUUGAAGCAGUCUGAUUAUCCAGCUGAUGCUGGAACGCUAGUUGACUCUUAUAUUUCUGGAAAGAUUCUGCAGCUCAAAGAGCAAAUCGCAACACUGGAGAAACGUGAAGAGAGGUGAAUGAGCAAAUGAAAUUCUUUUAAUAUUGUAUUUUCUUUUAAUUGCAUCUUGUCAUGAUUUUUAUGCCUGACUUAGUAUUCUUCAAUGAAGAUACAAGACAGUUUUUGCUGAUAGAAUUUCAGUCUUCAGAAGGGCCUGCUGUGAACUUUUUGGGUACAAGAUUGUGAUGGAUGAUCAUCAGCGUGCAGAUGGAAUUCCCGUGACACGCUUUACACUUCAAUCUAUCUAUGCUCUAUGUGAUGAUGAAAAACUUGAAUUUGAAUAUGAAUCUGGGAAUACAAACAUUUUGGCUAAUCAGUACACCUCACAGACGGAUAUAUCUCGUCAGGUUGAAAUAUUUGUUCGUAAAAUGAACUCAAUUCCGGCUUUCACAGCAAACUUGACUAUAGAGUCCUUCAACAAACGAACUUUAUCUUGAAUUGAACUUCAUUGCUGUCCUCAUUUUGGUUUUAACCAGACAAAAGAAAGCAGUGCGAAGCGUGGGAGUUUGAUAGGCCAUAGGUGUGGCAUCCUGUUUUUGAAAGGUUCUGAAGUCAUGAUAUCCUAUGAGCCCAACAACUUUGUAUAGUACUCCGCAAUAACGAUAAUAUAGUGAUGACAAAUGACACUGUAAGUCUCGUCUUGUCUCGUCUACCUGAGAUUUGCUCACACAUACAGCUUUUCUUUUUGUUCUGUUUUAUAUAGUGAAUGUGUUUCACCGGUUUUGCGCGCGGGCACCUUAGUUAUAUGGCCGGUCUAGCUUUGUAAAGUUCAAAAAUUAAAAGACAACAUUGUAAUGUGGUUUUGGUUUGGAAUAAUAACAGUUCAGAUUU